ACUAAAACAAUGCCCCUUUCUUUUCCUAGCACUAGUGUUAGGAAGUCAAAUGUUUUAAUGGCGCAGGGGUAUUGAUAAGACUAAAAUGACCUUCAUUUUUUUCGUAGAUCUAAAAAACCGCUCAGCCGCUUUCCAUUCAAGACGUUCGGAUCCCUAAAAUCACGGCAUUUCCUUCGAAGGUCUCUUCUUGUAGAAGGUAAUUCGCCUUGAAUUUUGGGAGGAAAAUAGGAUGCGGCUGUCAAUUGCGUGUUUAAACCCUAAAUUUAGAAAAUGCAGUGGGAGAGAAUUGAGAAACAGAGACAAAAACGCCGGAGAGGUUGCGGCGACGAAGACAGUGAGAAGUGAUAGUGAGUCGCCGAUUGUGAUGUCGGCGAGGAAGACGACGACGGCUGCUGGAGUUGGUAUUGACGACAACACCGAGAUUGUUGGCGAAGAGGGCAGUGAAAUUACUGUGAAAUGCGUUUCUGGGAAGGAAUACCGAAGGAUGUGCAGAGAAGACAUCUUGGCUUCCAAGACAAACGUCAAAUCUAAUUGUUAUUGCAAUGUGUUGAGUGGGGUCGAGAAGCUACGACGAACAUUGUCAGAAUCGGAGUUGGAGGCUUUGGGCAAGACGCCCUUUGGUCAUUUGCUGGAUGUUGGCAAUCUUAAAUGGGUUAAUGGACAGCUCCUAAUACUUUUAGCGUUGAACUACGUUGAACCUAUAGAGCCAGAUAGCGAUGCAAUAUCUUUCCACAUCCGUGAUAGGGUGGUCAGUUUUAAGAAAACUGAUUUUGCUCUGAUUACGGGUUUCAAAUUUGGAUGUCCAGCUGAACAAGAGAGGGAGUACACUGGCACUUCAGACAUCAGUAGCAGAUAUUUUGGGGGUAGAAGUGUUGUGACACAUGAUAAAGUGCGGGUGGUCUUAGAGGGUCUAAAGGACAACAAGAGAAAAAGAGGGAUGGAUGGCGUAAAGAUAGGAGUCCUUUACCUUCUGGGCAGUCACAUAGUUGGAAACCAACCCUCCAUGAAACUGCCACCACUUUAUUUGCAUUUGGUAGAUGACUUGUCCCGUUUGAACGCGUAUCCCUGGGGCGAUGAGAUUUGGGAUCUUUUGGUUGAGGACAUGGCAAAGUGUUCAUUGACUUUGAGGAAAAGUAAAAAGGACCGGUUCACAUUCCCGGGAUUUUUAAUGGCUUUGCAGAUUUGGGCAUUUGAGACAUUCCCAGGAGAUGGAAGCCUUAAAGUACUGCAAGUGUGUGAUCAAGGAGCCAAUGCCAGGAGUCUUGAAGGCCCGCCCAGUAAUGAGCAUGGUGGACAAGAAGAGGGGGGGAUCCUUGCGGAAGUAAAGAAUACAUUUCAUUGGGGGGUUGCUUGUGAUAAUGGAGGAGAAGCCCGAAGUACUAAGCAUGUUGGUAAGAAGCGUAAACCCAACAUAAGGAACCUGAGUCAAGGCAAAAAAGGGAAAAAGAGGACAUGUGGCAAGAAAGGUGAUGACAAGGCAAGGAAAGGGGUUAAUGAAGAGUUGUUGGAAAAAGUCACAAAACUGGAGGAGAUGGUUACUGGUCUAGUGGCAGCAAAUGUGUUGGAUCGCAAAUUGCUUGUGAGCUUGCGUGGGAAAGUGAAGGGAAUGCAAAGAGCACAUAAGAGGCAUGCAGUUCUGAUGGAGAAAUGCUUGAAGAAGUGUGGUUUAAUACGUAGGAGGAAGAAAGGAAUUAAAAAGAACAGACAACAUGUUGAAGAUGGUCCUAGCUUUGACCUAGGCAUUGAGCAUGGAGGUAAUGAGGAUUCAGCAGCUGAUCAAGAAGAAGGUAGUGAGGACAAUGUAAAUUUAGGUGCAUCUGAUUAUGAGAUAGAAAACCCUACCCAAUUUAAUGACUUGGAUGACACGAUUAAUUCUGUUGAUACACAAAUUCUUUUGGAACGUUGCGCUGUCAUGGUGGAGAAUCAUGUGGAGAAGAUUGCUAGUGAGGACAUGAGAUCUGGGGAUUCCAAUGUGCCUAUCGCUAUCCUAGCUGAAAAGGAGGGGAUUCAGGUUCUUGAUAAUGGCGGCAGUCUACAAGGUAAUGCCGUGGGGAUGAGUGUGGGAAGGAACGGAGUCACACCAACACAGCUGAGUGAGGAACACAACCCCAGAGGGCAUGGUGAUGCAUAUGACCGACCAAAACGGAAAUUGAAAUCUCCUGAGAGGUUCACUUUUUCAGAUAAAAAAGCUGGUGACCAACGCAAGCGAGCAAAAAGAAGGGCCGAUGUUAUUGAGAGUAAGUCAGUAUGUGAUGAACUGUGCCUCGGUCCUUUCACCAAGCAGCCGAUGGAACUUCCUGAGGUAGGGGUUUUAGAGAGGGUUGACACCUUCAUGCAUAAGGGUCUGCUGAAAAAGCCAAAGAACCCUGGACGGAGAUACACUGCUACAGAUGAAAAGCUCAGUGCAGAUGCUAUAAUGGCGCUUGAUGAUGAGGAGGAAAGCUUGAGCAAAACAUGGUAUUACAACCUCUAUUUCCCUGAUGGGUGCCUAUCAUACCUGCAUAUGAGUGUGGCAUUUUAUUUUCUGUGGAAGAAAGCCGCCGACUUUGGUCUGGAGCAGAAGUUUGCAACUACAAGCCCAGCAUUUGUUGAGCUAUUGUGUGUGUUAUAUGAGCGUGUUUUGAAAAGAGAGAUUACAGAUUCUGAUGCAGCACAGAAUUCAGACGUAUUGAACACCAUCAAAGGAAAUAAUAUGGAGUAUGGGCGUGCGUGGUCCGAGGCAGAUUUUGUGUACAUGCCACUGAACACAGGAUCCGAAUGGGUACUGCUUGUGGUUGACAUACGUGGAAAACUCAUCCGGGUUUACGACACGAAUGUUUACAGAGGGGGGUUCUUGAAGAAAUUGCACCCAUUUUUGCCGUCUUUGCAGAUGUUUCUGCCAGUUUUAAUGGGUAAGUUAGCGGUAUAUAAGGACAGUACGGAUAGCGAAGAAUCUCACACUGCGUUUCCAGUUGAACCUAUCUUGGAGUGUCCGCGAAAAAAGGACGGGUAAAACUUUUAUACCCUGAUAUUGUUUUUUUGGGUGUUACUGUUGUCCGUUAGGUAGCAAAGUUCACUUAAAAACUAUUUGAAGGAUAGAUGAAUUUAUAAGUGCAUUUUACUUUUUUAAUAACAGACCAAGCUCCGGAAUUUUUGUGAUGAAAAUGGCAGAGCUUCUGAUGAUGGGGAGAGGAGUGAUUGAAAUCAAGCCAGGACAGAUAAAUACAUAUCGGAAGAAAAUUACUGCGGACCU